UGUUGCUAAAAUAUAAUUCGGGCCGUGAAAUAUAAAUAGCACAUAUGAAAUAAAAGGAUAGAGUCAAACUACGGAACAUCGAUCUAUUCCUCGGCUGUAAAAUUGCAAUUUUUACUGAAAAAUUCUGUCCGUAUAUUAAGAGAUCGCUCUAUCAAAGUUUCAAGAUUUUAUCGAUGGUAUUCCUAGAUUUUUCUAAGCGUAACAGAAAGUUCUGCAUUCAUACAUUCAAUUAGACGUAACAAAAGUUUUACAUUCGCAAAUUUAUUCGUGCUUAACGAACGGCAAAAGGCAUUAAUUAUUCGAUAUCUGAAAAUUUAAUUGUCUCGAGAACAAUGCCUCGUUCCAGCAAAUUUACGUUACAUUUUUACUUCUGCGCGAACGGCGAUCCGGUGAAUGCCGGGAUUGAGUCGCAUAUUUCUGACGUGCGGCGUAUAUGUACGUUCGCGGUAACUCGCGAAUCGAGGCAAAACAACGCACAGUUUGUGCCAAACACACGGCUAAACGCGAAGUCGAUACGUUCAUAUCGAAACGGAGGAGAGGGAGGGCCGCCCGUGCGAUCAGUCAUGCGACUGAAUUCUCUCGGAUCGGCUCGCGUAGUGUAUAUCGGUGCUUGACAGUUGGUGAACAUCGUUUACUGGUGACAACGCUUAGACGCGUUUAGGUGUUGCUCAUCAUGUCCGUUGCGGAAACGACGUCGCCUACCGAAGACGACGACGGGGCUAAGAUCCAACGGUCGAAUCAGCACGUCGCCGCGCUCGUAGCUUCCCUCGGCGGCUUCGCCCUCGGCGUCACGCUCGGCUGGAACUCCAGCGCCGGCAAGGUCCUGCGAGACGUCCUGUACGCGAGCGGCACGGAGAUCGGCCUAGUCGGCGGCAUCCUGAACGCCGGCGCCUGCGUCGGCGUGAUACUCGCCCCUUUCUUUACCAAGUACCUCAGCCGUGGCGCAACCCUGCUCCUGACCACGCUGGGAUUUAUCGUCGGGUGGUCGUUCAUCUGCUUCGCCGACCAGAAAGUUUCGCUGUUCAUAAUCGGUCGCUUCGUAUGCGGCGCGAGCGGUGGCGUAUUUUGCAUUCUGACGCCGUUUUACAUCGCCGAGAUCGCGGACAGGAAUUCGCGAGAACGUCUUCUUAUGUAUUUCCAUCUGCUGAUCAAUUGCGGCAUCAUGUACGCCUUCGUGGUCGCUCAUGUGCUGGAUGAGACGGACGCUGUGUGGAGGUACAGUCUUACCUGCGCCGUCACGUGCCUCAUGAUCCCGCUGAUAUAUCUACUGCCCGAGAGUCCCCUCCGUUAUCUCGCGAAGGACGACGAGACUAAUGCGAGGACUUCUCUAAAAUGGUUUCGCGGCCACGCUUACAAGGACGACGCCGAGAUGGAGGAGCUGAAGCGUCUCGCUGAUACGGUUCGAUUGGGAAAGAUCACAAGGGACGUUCUGUGCAACCGGCGCAUCGUCCGGCCCUGCCUCGCCUGCGUGUUCGCGUUCCUCACCCAACAAUUGAGCGGCGUCAACAUCAUGCUCUUCUAUUCGCUGACGCUGUUCGACAUCGGCGGUUCGGGCUACUUGACCGCGAGCGAGCUGACCGUCAUCCUCGGCGCCGUGCAAAUACUCUCCUGCCUCGUGGCUACCGGUCUAAUAGAUGUGCUUGGACGCAGGGCACUACUGGCUGUAUCCUCAGUGCUUAUGGGAUUGUUCCUAGUACUGUUAGGGUGGUUCUACAAACUGCGGGAGCAGGACCCGGAAUACGACGACAUCUACUACUGGAUGCCGCCCACGUGGACGACGCUGUUCUUCGCCGCUUACAACGUCGGCUUCGGGCCGAUCUCGUGGUCGCUGUUGGGCGACAGCUUCCCCAUGGAGAUGAGGACGACCGCUGCGAGCUGCGCGGCCGCCUUCACCUGGCUGCUGUCUCUGACCGCGACGAUGACCUUCGGCGAGAUGCUGGACGGCCUGGGCGUGCUGCGGACCAUGUGGCUCUUCGCCAGCUUCUGCUGGCUGGCCGGCGCCGUUACCGUCCCCCUCGUGAAGGACACCCGCGGUCACAGUCUGGCCAAGAUACAAGAGAGCCUCGCCACCGGAGAAGCACGAGCAGCGGAGAGAAACAUCCCCGAGCGGACGUGAAACGUCGUCGGCCGGACGACGUUCCGCUAUCACGCGCGGCGACAAGCGACAGCGUUCUCCACCCUCGUCGAUCGUUGAGAAACGACCUCGGACGCUGUGGGAAGACGAAUGUCUUCGGAUACGACGGGCGAUACGGCGGGGCCGGUGGCGAUGAUUUAAUAGCUCUCUAGAUCAUUCUCCGCGCUCAGCCCGGCGACUCGGCCGUUUUAUCUCGCGUUUUGACGUAAUCUGCAGCGCGCUAGAGCUGUCGGAAGGGACCGUUGCGCGGCCUGAAAAUUACGACCUCGUAAAUCAUGCGAAUAAACGCACGCCUGUGUGCCGCGAGCGUGACGGCGGCGCAACAACACGGAUUCGCAGCACGUGCCACGGUGCGGCUGCGGCGACCGGGUAAUCAGCUGUGAAACACCGUCUCUCGAGUCCGACAAAUCGGCCGUGCCGUUCGUACGCGACGACGAUGGUCGUCGCAGCCGUGGGAUAACAUGGCGAACACGUUGACACUCGGCGAGCGAGCGCUCAAUAAAUGCGUCGAUCCCGCUGUAAGUCACCGAACGAAAAUACGACGAUCCAGCGGGAGAACGUAUUACCUCAUUCCGCAAUCGCGAUAUUGGACGCGGCGUCCGCGUCAGCUGGAGUCGCGCCAGAAUGCGGAGAUCCGCCCGUCGUAUUUUGUUUCGGGCUGAAAUAUCGCUAACAGAUGUACCAGCGCGACGAUUCCGCCGCGUUCUCUUGACAAAAAUAACAGGACGGCUGCGACAGCCAUCAUCGCGGCUGAGAUCGAAGGGUAAUUUAAGGCGUUCGUCGGCGUCGAGCUCGAUUGAUGAGUUGAUCGCGAGAGUCGGACGGGCGAUUCGACCGAAUUGCGGGCUUGCACCGCGAGCAAUUGCUGAAUCUCCCGGUGGAGUUCCUCAGGAGCUUGGCGAACAAUUCCAGGCCAACGAGAGAAGCGUUAGAGAGAAUUCACACCUUAGCAGGAAGGCAGAAGACAAUCAGAACUCGCGCUGGUAGAACAGCAGAAACUAGUCGACUACUGCAUCUGAUCACCAAUUCUGAUUGGCUUCUGCUUUUCUGCCAAGGUGUGAAUGCACUCUUAUAUCUCGCUUCUCGAGUCGUAAUUAUUCUUCGUAAUUAUUCUUGAGUCGCGUGACAAGAUUUUGGAAUAUGUCUCUUCUUCUUCGUCUCGUAUCGCGCAACACGAUGCAAUCUGCGCAGCUUGUGAAAAAAGCAUCGUUAUUAACUCCUACAAUCCGGGAAGCUACUAUAGUCGCGCGACAGGGAUUUCAUAUUUUUUACUAAUCUACUGUUUAGUAUGUACAAAAAAGUUCUAGUUUAAAGGUGAUGGUUAAUUUGGGAUAAAAGAGCAAUUAGUAUAUCCGAGUUUUGAUUCUGAUUGAAGUCUUUCGACCUCGAUAUUUCGUUUAACAGCUUCAAUACUUUGGAUCCUAAAUAGAAUCUUUUAGUUCUAUUUAGGAUUUAACUUAUAUCUUUGCAGAGAAGCUCUCUUUAAAACCUACAUUUUACAUUUAUGUUUCUUGCCAUUUAGAGGUGCACAGUAGGGCUUCAAUUUCCAUGUGUAUUAAACAUAAACUGAUCCUUCAGUAUAUACAGAUGUUAGAAAGUUCAGUUCCGAAAAUAGAAUUGAAAUUCCGACUCUAGUAUUUGUCACUGCGUUAGAAAUACGUAAAAUUUUGCGAAACAUCCAGGUCGACUUCUUCUGAAGCGCAAUACGACAAUCAAGACGUUUCAAAGCAAAAGUUAAAAUGCAAUGGAAAAUAAAGCUUCUGAAAAAUUUUCGCCCUGAAAAAAUCCGCUGUGAAUGUAUGAAUAUAAAGAAACACGAUGCAGUAUAAUAUCAUAAUGCGCUGUAAACGAGAUAGUGAACAAAAACAUCGAAACAAUGUUUCCGAGCGAAAAUGGGGACGGAAUUAUAAACGACGCCGCGAUACCGUCUGUAUUACAAAGUUGAGCGCGGUUGUCAAAGAGGAGAAAUCGCGUUCGCUCUUGACGCGAAAAGUUCUGCUUAGGCUUUCUUUCGUGGAUAGUUUGACCUCGAGGGCACUCUAUUUGCAGUAGUGUGCACAGAUACGCUCAUCCGCAAGCAGAUCAAAAGCGCAUUUUUGAGAGGUCAAAGAGUGUGCCGACUUCGCCCUUAGGGGCUUAAAAAUUGCUUGGCGCAUAACUUUCACGUGAAGGGCUUCCCGUCGCCACCGAAUGAAGAUUCAUUGACGCGCGUUGCAAUUCGAAGGACUGAAAUUGCACGCUUUGAUCUCGCAGUCAUCGUCGUCGUUGUCGUCGUCGAUAUUUCAGCGCAGCGUGGAAAUAGCGGAGUUAUAAAGCGUACUUUGUGCUCCGAUAUGAAGUCAGUAUAACGUCGAAUUGGAACGCGGCGCGCACGAGUUGCGCGUUUAAUUGAAAAAUCAAGUCCUCGCGUAUAGUGUUGCCAGUGCCGAAUCUCGAGUUCAGUAAUCAAUAUGUCGGCUUGUCGACAGUUUUGUAGAUUCCGCUGCCUAUGUCACGUUUUUAAAAUUCGUUGAAAUUUUUAUCAACAGAAGCAUGUAAACGAUAAAAUGUCGCGUGUUACAAUGAAAUUGAAUCAUAUUGCUACUACAUGCACUACAUGCAUGCGAAAUUUACGUCGCUGGAUUACGUCAGCGAUCCCCAUGACGCCGUUAAAAAAUCUAAUGACCCACUUGACAGUCAAUGUAUUAAAAGGGAAGAAGGUAGGCAUAUGGAUCACUUUUUUGAACGAAAAAUCUAAUGCAUAAUCAUUAGGAAAGAAAAGUUUAUCUUUAUUUAAGAAAUCAAUCUCGUUUCGCAUUACCACUUUCUUCCCGCGCUUCUCGAUAAGAUAUACACGCUUACAUAUUGAUAUAUAAUACAUAUAGCUUAUUCCACAUAAAUAUAAUAAUCUGAAAUAUAUUUAAGAAUUUAUUAGCCGCCUUUCGCGUUUUUAUACCGUGUCGGACGAGGUGGACUUUCACGUAAUUUCCUCAGCUGCGAGUCUACAUAUCUCUGAAAUAUGAUCAAGAAACGAACGCGGAGAGUACUUGACGGUAAAAUAACGGCAUAUUACGGAGAAGAAGAAGUACGAGAGGAGAACUUCAUGUUCUCUUUUUUCCUCCCCCGUCGGAAGUACCGCGAGAUGUUAAAAAGUGAAGGAGCAAAAAUACGCGCCAGUUCCAUCGUUAUUUAUUAUUUUAAACGCGGACAAUGUACGUCUCGCGGAACCGUUAUAAAAAGAUAAAGAAACGCUCGAGCCGCGCGGCGAGAGAAAUCAUCACGAUGAGUCUUGCUGAGACGGAGCCUCCGCGCAUAAAAUUUCUAAAGACGACGACGCCUACCCCACGACGGCAGCAGCCGUACCAAGAGCAAGCGCGGGGGCGCGCAAACAAACGCGCUUUGAGAGAAGGAAGAAAAAUACAAACAGGGAUAAAGGCGCGUCCGUAAACCGAGGCAGGCGAGGAGAGCUCGGCGAGACGGAACUGCAAACGAAUUUUAUCACGCGCCUUCAUACCAUCCGCGUUGCGUCGAAACGAUCCUCCAUAAACGCAAUCCCCGCCAUUAAUCUUCCCCGCCGCAUUUCUUCCGUGCACUACCGUGAAACUUGCAUUUACAACCGCGAGUACAUUUAUCUCGAGCGCGCGCCCCCGCGAUCCCCGGAAUUCCAGAGUGACGUCGCGCAUUACCAUCUGACGCAUUUCAUAAUUCCCCUCGAACAUUAUGAACUCGGAGUUAAAGUCCGAAAGUUAAAAGCCAAAGUUAAAAGCCCGGGCGGGAGAGAGACGCGCGUGCGCGCACGUAUUUGUCGUCGACUCGUCUCUCGUUUUCUCGCGCGGUUAACGAAAAAUGUAUAUGCAAGUGUCGCCGCGCAUAUUUAUUCCGCGCUCUGUGGGAGUUUCACGAGAAACGUCACUUUCCAAACUUGCGCGUAGCACCCGUCGUGUAUUAAAGAACGCGCGCCCGCGCGCUUACGUACACAGCCGCUCUCGUGUGUCAUUAAUUUUGCCAUCAAAGUUACUGGCGGAUCCUCGAGGAAACUUGGGUCGUGUUGCGCACGCGGUGCUGUAAUUUAGCGCGAGUCGAUACCGUAAUCUACGCGCGAAGUGGCGAAUCAAGAACGUCCGAUUCAAAUUUCAGCUCUAAAUCUCUCCGCUGCUUAAACAGCAGCAGCGCCGGCCAUCGUGAUAUCGUCGAUCGCCGAUUCGCAACGAUACCCUCGCGCGAACGCGCGAAUCAACGUAAUAAGAAUCCUUCGCUCGAGCGACGGAGUUAGCUUUAUCGCACAUUUCGCACAUUAGCCGAUGAAUAUGACCGCUUUCUUCUUUAUUGGCAGUUUGGCUCCCAUACUUUCGAAGAUAAUGGCCAGGAAAUUUCCGCAACUGCGCCCCGGGGAGCUACUCGCGUGUCGACGAUGGACUCCGCGAUUCAUGAAUUCUUCCGCGCGAAGAAUUUGCACGUUUUCGUGAUCUUCGCGCUAUGAGCCACUCCGAGGCUCGCGUUACAGCCAACAACUACGGACUCGCGCUUUUAUCCUUUUGUGCAAAAGGUAAAGUUAUCUAUUGUAUUAUUAUCGGUCGUAAAGCCACAAACGUGAAUAAAAUUCAUCCAGAUCAAUCCUCCAAACGUUACCGUUCUUAAAAACAUAUGUUCUGUUUUUUUAUGUAGCUCUUCAAUUUUAUUGGAUUACAAAAAUAUUAAUAGAAUCAUAUUUCUCGACGAUUCAGAUUUUGCGAUUUCUAGAUCGUCGAGAAAUACUGACUAAAAAAAGAAAAAUAUAUUAAAUUUCUAUAAUUUUUCCGGGAGUUGUGUGGAAAAAAAGGUACUAAAAUUUACCCAUUUUCAAAUUUACCCAUAUUACACGUAACUUUUUAGUGUUUAUGUUUCUGAGAUUAAAGAUAAUUCUUUAUUAUUUAUAUAAAAAAUACUCACGUAACACAUAUGUCUCAAAGAUAUCUUGAGAUAUCCAAGACAUCCUAAAGACUUCCUACUUGUUUUAGAUGUUUUUUGGACGUCUUUGAGAUAUGCGUGUUACGUGAGUAUCCUGUAUACAAAUAAUGAAGAAUUAUUUUUAACUCUAGAAACAUAACUUCUAAACAUUAGAAAGUUGCGUGCACUCUAAACGUACUCAACACAUUUUCUUUCUCUCUCUAGUUAAAGAAGAUUUGUGCAUUAUCGCGCAUAAUUAUGUGACAAU